AUGCGGGAUUUGUUGCGUUUUGUGGACCCUAAUAGUGAAAUGAAGACGUUUGGUGGUAAAACAGUUGUUCUGGGUGGAGAUUUCCGCCAAAUUCUUCCUGUAGUUCCAAAAGGUACACGGCAAGACAUUGUUUCUUCCGCCAUAAAUUCAUCAUAUCUAUGGGAUAGUUGCAAAGUUUUAAGGUUGACUAAAAACCUCAAAACAAGUUCGGUACACAACGGUGCCGGCAGGCAUUACAAGAGUUUGCUAACUGGAUUGCCAAUAUCGGCGAUGGAAAGCUGGGUGGGCGGAAUGACGGAUUCACAGAGGUUGAAAUACCUAAUCACAUGUCGUGCUAUACUAGCACCAACGCUCGACGUGGUCAACGCAGUUAAUGAAUAUAUGACUGAGUUGCAUAAUGCCGAAAGCAGGUCAUACUAUAGUUCAGACGCAGUAUGCAAAGCCGACGGCGAUAAUGGUAUACUUGGAGAUGUACACACACCGGAAUUUCUGAACAGCAUUCGCGUGUCGGCUCUACCAAAUCAUACACUGAAUUUGAAAACCGGCUCACCAGUAAUGUUAAUGAGAAAAAUUGACCAUUCUCUUGGGUUGUGCAAUGGAACUCGGUUGAUAAUCACAAAGUUAGCAGACCAUGUUAUUGAAGGCGAGCUUCUCAUUAGUCCCAACAAAGGUACAAAAGUGUUAAUCCCCCGAAUGUCAAUGUCACCCUCGGAUCCAAGAUUGCCGUUCAAGUUUCAACGAAGGCAAUUCCCAUUGAUGCUUUCAUAUGCAAUGACCAUAAACAAAAGUCAAGGCCAAACGUUGACUCAUGUAGGUUUAAUACUAAAGAAACCGGUUUUUGUACACGGUCAGUUGUACGUAGCUGCAUCUCGGGUUAAUAAUCAAGACGGUCUCAAAAUAUUGAUUGUAAAAGACUCAAGUUCAACUACUACAUCAACCACUAAUGUUGUAUAUCAUGAAGUUUUCAAUAAUUUGUAA